CAUCGGUGACGUCAGAGAAGCGCGCCCGCGCCCCGGGGACGCUGGUCGGAGCAUGGGGGCCGCCCGGGAGGUCGAGCCGCCGCCGGCGCAGGACGAGGAGCCCGAGGACGACGAGGAGGAGGAGGCGGCGGCGGCGGGGGGCGACGGGGAGCCCGGGGCGGCGAGCCCCUGGAACAUCAUGAUCAAACACCGGCUGGUGCAGCGGCGCGGGCGGCGGUCCCAGAUGAUGACCAGCUUCACAGACCCCGUGGUCUCCAUGGACCUCCUGCGAGCCGUCCUGCAGCCCAGCAUCAACGAGGAGAUCCAGGCCGUCUUCGGCAAGUACAUGAAGUUUUUUCAGAAGGCAGCAGGGAACGUGCGUGAGAAUGUCGGGGAGGACGUGGACACGGAGCAGCUCAUCCAAGAGGCCUGUCGUAGCUGCCUGGAGCAGGCCAAGCUCCUGUUCUGCGACGGGAAGAGGCCGAUCGCGAGAGUUCCCCACGAAGCGGCAGCCAUCAAGCGGGCGAAGCCCCUGGAAGACGAAGGGAGCCAGCAGGGGAGCCCCAUCCCGAAAAAGAGGAAGGGGAGACCGCCAGGACAGAGCCAGCCCGGUGACCGUGGUGCUUCAGGGGUCAGCACGGUGAAGAGUAAAUCCUGUGAACCGGUGCAGAGGGACGGUCCGAAGUGGGACCCCCUCCGCCUCACAGAGACCACCAGCUUCGUUCUUGGCUCGAGAGCAAACAAGGCCCUUGGGAUGGGGGGCACCAGAGGCCGGCUCUACAUCAAGCACCCCCACUUGUUUAAGUACGCGGCAGAUCCCCAGGACAAGCACUGGCUGGCUCAGGAGCAGUACAUGAGGGCCACCGGAGGGAAGAUGGCCUACCUCCUGCUGGAGGAGGACAUCCAGGACCUGGCGGCCAGUGACGAGUACAGGGGUUCCCAGGAGCUGAAGCUGGAGGAGCUGAAGCCCUUCACCAUCCCUUCCUGGAUGAUUGGGAAGAUGCAGAGAUACAUGAAGACCCUCCGCAGCGAAGGGGAGCAGCCGUUGCCACAGCAACAGCCACCCUCCCUGCCGGAGGAAAUGCGGGAGACUUAGGGGGGCAGCCUCCCCUCCGCCCUCUCCCUGCACAGGAUAUAAUGGUGGAAUCUUGUAUUUGCUUGUUGGGGGGUUUAGAAGAAAUAAAGGCCUCUGGUUGAA